AUGUUCUCGAAACAUCGUUUGCAUAGAAUCCACCACACCCCAGCCAGUUAUAGCAGGCAGGCAACGGGUGAGAACGUAAUCCCAAUUCUCUCAAAGAUGAACGCUGAUUUCCCACCGUUCUACGUACAUCUGGAAAUGAGAUCGACACGACCCCCACCAGGCGUCUUCUAUGUCAACAAGGUCAUAAACUCCCGAAGGAGGGCAAAAGUAAUAAUACACAACCACAAGCCCAAGGAGCUUCACAGCCUGAGGUACCUAACUACAAAAAUCCCCAAUACUUGGACAUGUUCUCCGUAG